UACUUUGUGGUUAGUGCACUCUUAAACUCACUCACUCACUCACUUUCUUUUUCUCUCUUUCUCUUCUUCAUUCUUCCCUACUCACUACUCACAGAUCUGAAAGCAACAAACUCACUCACUCACUCUAUAGCCUCAUACUCAACGGGGCUAGGUUACUCUUGAACUUCAAUGGCAGUGACAGAAGCUCAUAAUCCCCUUGUUGGAGAGAACACCUGUGGUUCCUUGCUAAAGAAGCUGCAGGUAACUUAAUUCAUGCUUUUUUUUUUUUUUUUUCAUGUGUGUAAUCACUGAUAUGUGUAUGUAUGUUCAAACAGAAUUGUAAUGCUGGCUUAUCUUCUAUCGGCUCUUGGCGAAAAGAGCUCUGCCUUAGUUCCUGAAAGCACUUCUGGAACUAUCAAGGAACAGCUUGCAGCUAUUGCACCGAUACUCGAACAAUUGUGGCAACAAAAAGAAGAAAGAAUAAAGGAGUUCUCAGAUGUGCAAUCACAGAUCCAGAAGAUAUGUGGAGAGAUAGCUGGCAAUUUGAGUCUCAGCGAGAAUCCACCUGCAAUCAAUCAAUCUGACCUCUCUCUGAAGAAGCUAGAUGAAUAUCAAUCUGAGCUCCAAGAACUUCAAAAGGAAAAGAGUGAGAGGUUGCACAAGGUUCUUGAAUUUGUGAGUACUGUGCAUGAUCUAUGUGCUGUCCUAGGUAUGGACUUCUUCAGUACUGUAACCGAGGUACACCCGAGCCUCGAUGAUUCUACCGGUGUUCAAUCCAAAAGCAUAAGCAAUGACACUCUAGCUAGGCUGGCUAAGACAGUGUUGACACUGAAGGAAGAUAAAAAGCAAAGGCUGCAGAAGCUCCAAGAAUUGGCUUCUCAGUUAACUGAUCUGUGGAAUCUAAUGGAUACGCAUCCGGAGGAAAGGAGACUAUUCGACCAUGUUACUUGCAAUAUGUCAGCUUCAGUAGAUGAGGUCAAUGUUCCCGGGUCCCUUGCACUAGAUUUGAUUGAGCAGGCCGAAGUGGAAGUCGAGAGGCUUGAUCAGCUGAAGGCCAGCAGGAUGAAGGAAAUUGCUUUCAAGAAGCAAGCAGAACUGGAAGAGAUCUUUGCCCGGGCUCAUGUCGAAAUAGAUCCGGAAGCAGCCCGGGAGAAGAUUAUGGAAAUGAUCGAUUCUGGUAAUGUCGAACCGGCUGAAUUACUUGCUGACAUGGAUAAUCAAAUAGCAAAAGCUAAAGAAGAAGCUUUAAGCCGAAGAGAUAUAUUAGACAAGGUUGAGAAAUGGAUGUCAGCAUGUGAAGAAGAGAGUUGGCUUGAAGAUUACAAUCGGGAUGAAAACAGGUACAAUGCAAGCAGAGGUGCCCAUUUGAACCUCAAACGUGCAGAGAAAGCUCGCAUACUUGUCAACAAAAUUCCGGCCUUGGUUGAUACUUUGGUUGCCAAAACUCGUGCAUGGGAAGAAGAUCAUGACAUGUCAUUCGCAUACGACGGCGUUCCUCUUCUCGCCAUGCUAGACGAAUAUGCCAUGCUUAGGCACGAGAGAGAAGAGGAAAGGCGAAGGAUGCGGGAUCAGAAGAAGUACCAUGAGCAGCAAAGCACAGAACAAGAUUCUGUAUUUGGAUCAAGACCGAGCCCUGCUCGGCCGGUGAGUGCCAAGAAGGGAGGUACUCGAGCUAACGGCGGAGCCAACGGGACUCCUAACCGAAGGCUGUCACUCAAUACUCAUCAAAAUGGAAGCCGGUCGACAUCAAAAGACUCGAAAAGAGAUAAUCAUAGACUAUCUGCACCUGUGAAUUAUGUGGCCAUAUCAAAAGAAGAUGGUGCUUCUCUGGUCUCUGGAACUGAACCCAUCCCUGCGUCUCCCUAGUGAAUGAGAGGGUCUUUGUUUUUCAAACCCAACAAUUUCAUCUUUGUAGCAUUCUCAUAUUACUAGUUGCUGCUGUCUUUAGGAUAUAAAUAUAUAUAUAUAAUAUAAUGUGAGUGACCAUAUAAUUUGGAGAGGGAACUUUUCUUAGAUGUGCAUGUUAUGUUUGAUAUUUGGAGAUUUUAUUAAUACAUGUUGGUUUAUCCACUGAA